AUGCUCAUUUGGAGCAUUUUCCUGGUAUUUUGUGCUCUGUAUGACGCUACAGCGACUUUUAAGCAGAGGAUCGAUGCAUAUGAGCUGCAUCUGUAUCAUAGACAGACACGUACGCAGCGACGGUCACGAAUGGGACCUACAAGAGCCUCCGAUAAGACGCGUGCAGAGGCUUUGGCUAAUACUGCAAAAGUUGUGGAGAAGGUCAAUGCAGAGUAUGAAGCAGGCACGAAAAGCUACUUUUUGGGCUACAAUGAGCUGAGUGACUUGACGGACGAGCAGUAUCAAGCUUUUCUGGGCUCGAGACCGGACAAGAAAUCAUUUAGAAGGAAGCAGGAGAGGAAGAAGAAGAACCAGUUGAUAAAAGGGAAGAGAGGAGAAGAGGUGACUAGUAGCUUUGAUCUGGAGACUGGAUCACGUGAAAAGAAGGAUGAGCAUACGAGUCGUGAAGUUCCAAUGGAAUGGGACUGGACGACGAAGGAUGGAGGGAAAUAUAUGACACCCAUCAAGAAUCAAGGGACAUGUGGAAGUUGCUGGGCAUUUGCGGGUGUAUCCGUGCUGGAAUCAAGGUUUGCUAUUGAACAUCAGGUACAGGCAUCGGUACUGAGUGUAGAGCAAGUAUUGAGCUGCUCGGCACCACUGGAUCAUAUUCAAAGCAAAUUUGACGACAACAUGAUUAGCUCGUCGAAAGGAUGCGCAGGUGGAAUGCCAUUCCUCACGUACGCAUAUCUGAACUUUGUGAAACCUCACGGAAUCUCGUGCGAGAAUACGUAUCCGUACGUGAUGGCAACGAACGAGACUGAAACACAGUGUCAUCCGUUGAAUACGACUGACGUAGCUGUGGCCUGGAAAAAGAAUGUGUCGGAUUACAAGGUCGUUGCUGUGAAUGAGCAGGCACUACUUCGAGCGGUGACACUCGGACCUGUCACGGCCAACAUGGACGCCACAGGAGACGGGUUUCGUCAUUAUGCAGGUGGGAUUUACGACGCUCAAGACUGUCGUAGCGAUGGAGAUGAAGUCAACCACGCUGUAGUGGUUGUGGGCUUUGGACAGAGUGACACUGGUGAACAGUUUUGGAUAAUCCGUAAUACGUGGGGUACGAUGUGGGGCGAGGACGGCUACAUGCGCAUAGCUCGCGGUAGUAACGUCAGUGAAUACGGGCCGUGCAAUCUCUACCUUUACGCAGACUAUCCAGUAAACCUUACGGUUGGUUUCAAUUCAACCAGUGGUGAACCUGCAUGCGUUGUGUCGAAACUCAUUUCCGAACCUCUGCAGCUCAUGAAGUUGAUUGGCCUUUCAGGUAACCAGAUUGCAUUGCUAGUGCUAUCCACCCUUCUAAGCGUGAUUGCUGGCAUGGCGUUAUAUCAUGGAGCGGAAUUGAUGCAAAAUCGCAAGGAAGCCGCUGGAAACUUGAGCUACCAAGACUAUUAUGCGCGCUGGGUAUUGCCCUCCCGUGACCAGAUUGCCGCAGCACUUACUCGACGCAACAUUAGACGCACUCAACGUACGACUACAUAG